AUGUACUGUUUGAAUAUUCUCUUUAUUGUGUUAUAUCUUUUACCAAAUAUUUCAUGCUCUAUUGAUAAGAAUUUUAUUCAAAAACAAAAUAAUGUAAUGAAAGAAUUUUUUUCCAUAUGUAUUGCAUUGAUUAUAAUUGGUUUUAUUAUUGGAACGAUUUUAUUAAUUAUUAUUCUACCAUUUAUAGUUGAUCCAAUUGUUGUUGAUGACGAUCAAGAAUCAAUAAAUUCUUCAGAUGAAAGUCAAACAAAGGAACAAAAAUUAAAAAUAGAAUCAGAUGAUUCAUUAUCAUUAAUAGAUGACGAUGAUGAUGAUGAUGAUGAUGAUGAUGAUAAAAAUAUUAUUGAACAAGAUAUAGAUGAAAUAUCAUCAUUUUAA